AUGUCAAAGGGAAACCAAGUCCAUGGGGAAUCAAAGUCUUCAUGUGAAAAGAGUGGAACAGUGCAAGAUUUCCUCUUGUAUCAAGAUAUCAAUGCAUCAGGUACUGUGCAUAAAAACAGAUCUAGAAAGAACUUGCCUUUUUCAUAUGAUAAAACAAUAAUGAAACAAACCAGAGGUUAUUGGGAAGAAAUCACUAGUGCUGAUGACACUACCAUGUGCUCAAUGGAUAAAGUUGAGUGUUGGGACAAAAAACACCAUAAAUAUGUGACAGUAGAAAGACCUGAAAUAGUGAGAAGAUAUAAUCAUGCAAUGGAUGGUGUGGAACUAUUUGAUCAAUUGACAAGCUACUACAGAGUUUUCAUCAGAUCUCGAAAAUGGGCUUUCCAUAUGAUUUUUCAUGCUGUUGACUUUGCCAUCAUGCAAAGUUGA